AAGAAAUGUCAAGUCUUUUCUAACCUAAAAGUUCAAACAUUCGUAAUCUUAUUAAAUUGCAAAGUUAAAAUGUCUCAGUUAAUAAAUACUUUCUUAAGGAAUCCUGUCCUAAAGAGUGUAAGAUUAUAUGUGCCAUGCCGGAUGAUCCAGUUAACUCCAGUUCAGCAACUGUACGCGCCCGCAGCCCUGGGAAUCGAUGGCUACCUUCAUGCCAGAAGGAGAAUCAAGGAACAAUUUGCAAACUUUACCGAUAAAUUCAGGACAAAGAUGACAGAAUUCGUGGGCGACACCAAGAACAUGGUAUUCACAGAAGAUCUGAAGAAUAUGGUGCACAUUGCUGAGCCUUCAGAUUUGGAAUUGUGUCUUAAAAUGAUUAAAAAAUUCAAUACACAAAGUUCCGAGUACCGAUUUGGAUCCUUUGUGUUUGGGCCCGUGGUAAUGAGGAUGUUCCAUUUUCUGGAUGCACCUAAUGAAGCUUUAAAAUGUUUCGAUGACCCAGAAAACGGUGGUUUCUUUGACCAACUAGUCACAUACCAGAUACUGUUAGACCUGCUAUACAGCCACCAGAUGUAUGAUGACAUGUACAGGGUGUUUGAGAGAGUGAAAGAUCGCCAGAUCAAUAUGACCAAGUAUCCGAAGUAUCCAGUGGUUUUAAUACUUGCAGCUUGUUAUAAACAGAAUACACCACAAAGUAUGGAAUAUGCAUCAAAGUUAUGGUCAGAGAUGAGCAAAACAGGCACUGUUCCACUAAGAAGAGCAUGCACAUUCUUUGCUGCAUUGGCCCUUAAGCAGGGCGCCCCCCACAUAGCCCUAGAGUCGAUAUCGUCGCAGAAACAACAUUAUGUCACAAUCCGAAACAUAAAGGCGACAGCGUUAGCGGCCAUGGGUAGAGUAGACGACACGUUGCCGGUGCUUCGAACUAUAUUGGACAUCGACUCGCCGCAGCAGAAAGACAAACACACAUUCUUCGAAGAAACUGUAUUGAAAGUAAAGGAGGCAGUAGAGAAGAGCGAGAACAAAGACCUGCAGAAAGAGUUCGAUGACAUCCACAAAGCGUUCGUUGAUCGGCAGUUAAUAGAUUCGAAGCAGACUCUGGACAUGCUGCUGAACGCCGAGAUCACAGCGGUGAAGAAAACCGACAGGCCGGGCAGCGGCAUGCCGUCAUACAAGAAGCAGAUGCCCUACGGACUAAGGCAGAAUAGGCGUAGCUAAUACAUAUAAUA